AAUAAUAACACGAUUUAAAUUUAAGUUUAGAUUUGUGAUGAAUUACAUCAACAUGAAUAAGCUCUCCGUGUUUCGAUGAUGCAUUAAUUUGUACAAAUAAGGCAUGAAUCUCAAUAAUUAAGAAGUGAACCAUCAAUUUCUAUUACAGAGAAGUGUAACAAACUGAUGCAUCGAUGAUUCCUCGGAAGAAGACACUUGUGGGGAAAAUCAGUAAAUGUACUGAAAAAUACUCAGGAAGAAUUGGGAAAACGUAAAUAAAGACUGAUUCAGAAUUAACCCUUGGACUUAGAAUAUUGUGUAGAAUGGAGAAAUGUAAAACUGUAAUGUGUCGGGGACUACUUCCAACACGACAAUUGGAGAAUAAGUCACUCAACGAUUCACGGCAUGACAACAGAAAUAGCCAAGAAGCACUAACAGGAAAAUUGUAUUCAAAUGAGGAAGAUGAUAGUGUCUGGUUGUUUGACACACUACACAUAAUUGGGGCAAAUGAUGAUUACAGAAAAUCUAUUCAACGAGAGAGCAUAAAGCAAGAGAUUCUUUCAACUUUUGGAAACCCAUUGACCUGUUAUAACAUGGGAAGUACAUUUGAAGGUGCAGUCACACCAGAUGAACCAAAUGAUAUUGAUCGCAUGAGAUGUGAUGAAAUGUUUCCUGUCGUCGAACACACAGCAUCAGCUAAACAUAAUUUGUAUUCGUUACUGAUCGUACGAGAAUUAUUUACACCUGCUGGAUACGUAAAACUACAACUCGUUAUGGGAAAUAAGCCGUGUACAUCUACAGACUGGCCUCUCUUGUGUGUUGAUGGUAAGACGAAUAAUUUAAAAAUUGAUAGAUUCGGAAGAAUAGUUUUAUAUGACUUUUUAAUGAAUCCGUAUACACAUCAGCUAUUUUCAAGACCAAAGAAUAAGCCUGCUAUUAAGUUUGAGAAGUAUUAUGACCUCAACGUUGAUACUGUUAUAUCCUAUCGAUGCAAAACAUGGCCUACAAUGGCAGAUGAGUGGCUUUCCCGUCAAAGAUGUCAUGGUUGGCCUACAAAAUAUACAAUACAAGAGCUAAAAUCACUAGGAUUCUUUGUUGUCAGAAAAGGUCAUCCGUUUUCAUCAGAAUUAGAUCUCGAAUGGAGAGUAUCGUUUUCGUUACAAGAGAGAAAACUCAUGUUUAAUCUAACAGAUGUUCAACAUAAAUGUUACAUUGUUCUUAAAAUGCUUAAUCGAGACGUUAUUAAUUUGGACUGCAUUACUACAUACCAUUGGAAGACGUGUUUAUUCUAUGUAAUAGAAAAUAGUAAAAGCAAUGUUUGGGAAAAGAAAAACCUAUUUCAUUGCAUAACGUUGUGUAUCAAACAAAUGCUUAAGUGGGUUAAAUAUGGGGUUUGUCCAAACUAUUUUAUUCCAAGAGAAAACUUAUUUGAUGGACGACUAAACGGGAGUUUAAGAUUAACAUCAGAAAACAUACUAGAGGAACUUUUAAAUGUAGGAUUUGAAUGUUUGUUGUUAGUGAAAAGAAACAAUAUAUGUGACUAUGUCAGAUCACGGGGAUCUUCAGAAUGGUAUGAAUGGCUCCAAGCAAACAGUAAAAAAUUGUACAAUGAAGCCAUAUACAUUGUACACACACGUACUAUCGUUUCAACGCUAUCUGCGUUUAAUCAUGAUAUACUUGAACAUUUUUAUUACCAAGCCAAUGAGGACGUUCAUGUUUUUGUAGAUUGUCUUUGGUUUAUGCUAGAUCGUAUUCAAUAUGCAUGCACUGGCACUUUUACUGAACAUACCCAACAAGAGACGAACAACUCUCUAUCUUUACUGAAACCCUAUAUCUUCACUUGUUUGGCAAGUAAUGUGUCUGCAAUGGCUAUUCGUCAUCCAAAUCCUCAAGUUCGAGAUUUCCUUUUACUCGGAUCUUGUCUAUUCUUUAUGAAAGGAGAUUUACCUGGCCGCCUGAAGUUGAUAUCAGUACUGUAUGCUGCUAGGUUGUAUGCAGAUUGUGAGUGGUGGUUAGAUAAAUUAAAUGAAGAAUGCAAACAAGAUAAUCCAUCGAUUUGUAAUUGUAGAUAUAUUAAAAGUGAUUCCUCAAUGGCACAGGAAAAUAUUAUUAAUACUUCAAGUUUGAGGGUGUUGACAUGCGUUUCUUUUCUCCCAACGGAACUUUCAAUUGCUCCAGAUGCAUUGACAUAUGAAAUAUUCAGAUAUUUCGGUAUCUCUUUAAAUGAAAAAGAAAGAGCAUACAAGCGUUGCCUUUGGCAUUACAGGGCUGUUGUUGACUGCAAUAUUUACUUUUUCUUACUAAAAUAUGUAAUAAAAAAGAAACUUGGACGUUUUAAAGAGUCUGAAGACGCUAGAUAUCGUAUUUAUACUUUGCUUUUAGGCAAAAAUGUCAGACAUCGUGAUGUAGCUAACAACUUGUUGGCUUGGACUUUUUGCUCGAAUUAUGAGACACCGUUAGCGCUAAUGCAUUUAGCAAAGUCAUGGGAAAUAACAAAUUCUUGGGAUUUAUGUUUUAUGAUCUUAACGGAUGAAAUGAAACAGAAACAAUACCAAUUCAAUUCAGCAAAAUUACAUACGUUGGUUAUUUUGUAUAGUACAUGGUAUGCGCGCAACCCGUCUCUCGUUCACUUUUGUUUUCAGUGUUUGUUUAUCAGUGAAGAAAAACUACUUAUAUGCAGUAGGUGUAAAAUAUCUACGUAUUGUUCAAAACAAUGUCAAAUAGCGAACUGGAAAAUUCACAAAACUGUUUGCAAAAUUGUAAGAAGCUAUCGUACUGUAUAAUUUUUGCUUUACAUAUAUGCCUCGAACUGAUGUCAAAGCUAUAGUAAUGUUUUAUAAUGAUUCAAAACUAUGGUAGAAUAAAAAAGUAGAUUUCAAUAUUAAAAUAAAAACAAG